AAAAAUACACGAGGUAAUUGGAUUACAGGACAUCAAUCCAUAUUGGUGGAAUAUGGCUAAUUCCGCUCUUCCAGAGUCUAACAAUAUGAUAACUUCCAGUGGUCACACUAUGUAUUUGGGCCUUCACGCCCAACCACUGACCAAAAAACAGAGGAGACUCGUAGCCAAAAAUGAAGGUUCCUUGGUGAGUAUAAUGAAGGGAGUCAAGAAUGCCAUAGCAGAAUGCAAACAUCAAUUUAAGCACAAGAAAUGGGAUUGUCCCACAUUCGAUGCCAGGCACGGAAAGGCUAUAUUCGGCCAAUUACUCACUAAAGCUUGCAAAGAAACGGCUUUCGUAUAUGCCAUAACGAGCGCGGGCGUUACCCACGAAGUCGCCAGAGCUUGCAGCAAGGGUUCUAUAAGGACUUGCGGGUGUGAUACUCGGUAUCCUAAUUAUCAACAAAACCAUCCCGUUUUAAGCGAUAAUGAUUUGCACUUGCCGAAUGCUGAAAUCGAUCCAAAAGAAUCUGAGGGUGGUGCACUCGAAUUUAAAAAUGAUAUUGGUAUCGACACUCCUGGCGGAGAUAACAAUAACUGGAGAUGGGGCGGUUGUAGCGACAAUGUUAAAUUCGGCAGAAGAUUUGCUAGAAAAUUUGUCAAUUCUGCGGAAAUGGAUAGUGAUUUGAGGUAUCUGGUCAAUUCUCAUAAUAACGCGGCAGGAAGAGGGGCCGUAACAAGGUCCAUGACAAAAUUCUGCAAAUGCCAGGGACUCUCAGGAAGUUGCAAUCUUAAGACUUGCUGGAUGAGGGUGACUCCUUUCAGAAAUAUAGGAAAUACAUUACGCCUCAAAUAUGACAAAGCCGCCAAAGUAGUUUCCAACAAUAAUGUCCAAUCUUUUCCAAACUCAAAUGAUAAUUACCAAAAAAUAAACUCUUUUAAUCCCGAAUCAUAUAAGACACAUAAAUCCGCUUAUGAAGCCGAUAAAAUCGAAAGGUUAACAACUAAUAUCAAUAAAGGUAAUAGGGAGAGUAGGGAAGAUAGGUACAAUGACAUCGACGCAGAUCGUAAUGAUAACGGUGCAGUAGAUGGAGGUAACAAUGACGAGGUAAAAUACUUUUCCGAUUUUGCGAGACCAUUAUCAUCCCCCUUUUACGCUUUCAAGCCAAGACGGAAGUCUCUUUUUGAACGUGACGUGCCUAGCUUAAACAUAGUUCCGCCCAAUUCAGUCUCUGUGCCUCCCAAAACUUCCUUUAAUUCUUUGAAUUCUUUGCAAGAUAUGGUUGUAGGUUACGACACCAAGAGGAAAAGGGCAAAUAAAUUGGGUAUGGAUGCUAAAGAGAGUAGACGGGGGAGGCGCAAAAAAAGCCGCAUAUCUAAACAGCGUUUGUUGAGACAAAAUAAUAGCUCAUAUUCUUCGCAGCUAUCAAUAAUAAACGGAGAAGAUUAUUUUCAUUUAGAUCGAUUUCGACAUUCUGCAUUGGUACCUGAUAGGUUGGACCUGGUUUACUAUGAAGAGUCUCCGGAUUUUUGCGAGUACGACCCUAAAUCAAGCUCCAGGGGAACUAGAAACAGGCAGUGCACUUUAAACUCUCGUAGCAUCUUUGACUCUAACCUAUAUAUACAGAAUUUAAAUUCUAAUAGGCCCUUAAAUUCGUUUUCAAUGGGCUUUCAGAUGGGAGAAGGGCUUGGAAAUUGUGAAACUAUAUGUUGCGAAAGAGGUUAUACCAGUAGAGAAGUUCUAGUUAUUCAAAGAUGUAAUUGCACUUUUCAGUGGUGCUGCAAUGUCAAGUGUCAAGAAUGCGCCUUUAAGAGGAUAAUUUAUACCUGUUUAUGA